AUGAGUACAACCCAGUGCAACAAGAGUAUGAAUACUUUUUUUGACGGUUAUGUUCAUUCAAAGACAAAUUUGAAGGAGUUUGUCGACCAGUUUGACAGUGUGCUGAGGAAGAAAAUUGAGAAUGAAAAUCAUGUGGAAUUCCAGUCAUUGAGCGACACCAUCCCUUACGUAUCUAGAUCUCCAAUUGAAAAGAAAUUCCAAGAGUUGUACGCUAAAGCUAAAUUUAGGGAAGUUCAGCAGCAAGUAAUAUGUGUGCUCGAUUUGGAUCCAUCUCUACGUAUAUCGGAUGGUGUAAUGAAGAGUUAUUUGGUAGAAGAUGAAGUUCGUAUUGAGGAGUUUACUAAACUGGUUACAUAUUCAAUGGACUUUAAUGAGGAAGAUUGCAAUGCUAAGUGUUCAUGUGGGUUAUUUCAGAUGAGGGGGAUAUUGUGUAGGCAUAUUUUGGCCGUAUUCAAAUCUAACGGUAUAAAAUCAUUGCCAGACCAGUUCAUUCUAGACCGAUGGAGGAAGGACAUCAAGAAGAGAUACACGUUAAUCCGCAGUAGCUAUGACGCAGGGGAUCAGAGGCCAAAUGGUUUGAAUGCUGGUUUUAUGGCGCUGGACACAACUGUAGUUGGUAGUUCACAACAAGUCAAGAGUCCACUUGUUGUCAGAGGGAAAUGA